UCGGCCUUCAGUCCGAGAGACCGGGCCGAACUGAAUGCCGGCUGUAUGGCUGCCAACACGACGCUCGUCGUAGCUGCGGCCAUCCUGCUGGCCACAGCCGUCUACCUAAAUACUCUGCCAGCAGAUUUUGCCUACGAUGACAACCGUGCAAUCGUAUCGAACCAAGACGUCCGACCAACGGAGCCUCUGCGGAACGUGUUUACUAACGAUUUCUGGGGCACGCCACUGCGUCAUUCCGGAUCGCACAAGUCGUAUCGGCCACUGUGUGUGUUAUCCUUCCGGCUAAACUACCUCCUCAGUGGAAUGGACCCCCGAAGCUAUCAUCUGUUAAACGUGCUACUUCACGCUAUGGUAGCGGCAUUAUUCGCGUGGCUGGCUGGAACCCUGUUCGCCUGGGAAGAAGUGCCGACGUUCCUGGCGAGCAUCAUGUUCGCUUCACAUCCGGUCCACACGGAGGCAGUAGCAGGCGUCGUGGGACGUGCGGAUGUGGGCGCCUGCGCUUUUUUUCUUGUUGCGCUCUUCUCGUAUAUGAAAUAUUGUGAAAGUCGCGACGAUUCCGUCAGCGUCGAGUCAAAACAGCAUAAAAAGACCUAUCUCCGAACGACGCUCGGCCUGACAAUGGCAAGCAUGCUAACAAAAGAACACGGUAUCACCGUUUUAUCGGUGUGUGCAGUGUACGAUCUACUCGUGGCGCAACGUUGUAACCUAACGGAUAUCGUGAACCUCCUACGGAAUAAGCGGAAAAAAGGAUUACACCUUGAGGGGAUAGUGAAUUUGGCUUGUACCGCUAUGGUACUUCUAGCGCUUCGUGUUUACCUCAUGGGAUUGUCGCCGCCAGCGUUCUCCAGCUCAGACAAUCCGGCAGCCGAUGAUAAGUCAUUGUUGACUCGCACGUUGACGUUCCUAUAUUUACCAGUGGUCAAUCUUCAGCUGUUGUGCUAUCCGAAAUGGCUGUGUUUUGAUUGGUCAAUGGGCUCCAUCCCGCUAAUUCGCUCCUUCCAAGAUCCGCGCAAUAUGCUGUCGCUUUUCCUCUACGCGGUGCUUACGUUCAUCACGAGCCGGCUCUUGCGUGCAGUGAACGCCCGCGCCGACAUCACGUGUAACGUGAAUAACAACAACGAGCCAUGUCAAUGUGAAACGAAUGUUCGGAUUGACGCUAGCGUACUGGGUAUGGCGAUGUUGGUACUGCCGUAUCUGCCUGCAUCAAAUCUGUUCUUCUACGUGGGCUUCGUUGUCGCCGAACGUGUUCUUUAUAUUCCGUCAAUGGGCUAUUGCAUUCUGAUCGCUAUCGGCGCGGAUUACCUGUACAAGAAUAUGCCCAAUAUCAAAUACAUUUGGAUAGGUACACUUGCGUUGCUCGUGAUCAGUUAUAUGGCACGAACCAUGCAACGCAAUGAAAACUGGCUCAAUGAAGAAAGUUUAUAUCGCUCCGGAAUUACGGUUAACCCCCCUAAGUCCUACGGCAAUCUGGGAAACAUUCUCAGCCAAGCGGGACGGAAAAGUGAAGCCGAGCAGGCAUAUCGCAAGGCGCUACAGUAUCGUCCAAAUAUGGCAGAUGUUCACUAUAAUCUUGGCCUACUCAUGCACGAACAGGGUCGGUAUGAUGAGGCUCUUGAAAGCUACCAAUUGGCAGUCCAAUAUCGACCCACACUUGCUCUAGCCCAUUUGAACAUUGGUUUAAUUCUCGUCAUUCUUGGACGGAAAUACGAAGCUGAAACCGUUUUUAAACAUACUGCCGGCAUUGAUGGUACCGGUUUGAAAGAUCCGAAACUUCACGAGGCAACCAAGACUUCUGCACUGUACAACCUGGGUAAACUGUACGCCGACGACGGCAAGCAUCGUCUGGCCUUGAAAGUAUUUGAACGUGCUGUUACCACGAUGCCCCGCUCAUACCAACCUCAAUCGCUCUAUAAUAUGAUUGGCGAGACUUAUGCCCGUAUGGAGAAUUUUUCCGAAGCAGAAAAGUGGUACCUGGAAGCCCUCAAAGUCAAGCCUGACCAUGUACCCGCGCUAUUAACGUACGCCAAACUUCUGGCCCGUGUUAAUAAGUCUGCCGACGCAGAAAAGCACUUUAAGCGAGCGAUCGAAAUCCGGCCGGGUGACACCGCCUCGUAUCGUCAUUACGGCCAGUUUCUUCAAGACCACAAGCGGUACCGUGACGCAGCCAACGUGAUUCUUAAGGCAGCCCGCCUAGUUUCGUACGAUUUUGAGACGGUGUUCGCGGCCGCGAGCGCCCUCCGUGAGGCGGGCCGCAAUCAAGAGGCGGAGUCUCUGUACAGAAAGGCCGCCCAACUCCGGCCUCGCGACCACGUCGCCCAUCUCAAUCUUGGCGCCAUGCUUCACGUCAACGGCAAGUUGGCCGAGGCCGAAUCUGCCUAUCUGGCCGCGUUGGACAUACGGCCAGGUGAUGGCCAGACCACCAGCAAUCUGGCCAAACUGAAACAUUUGCUCAAUAAACAAUAAAAAUCACAUCGAAAUCAAAAUCAGAGUCGCCGACCUAAAGUUCACAAAGAUAGUGUAGAGGAUUUGGAACGUCAAACACAACGGCAAAAACGGCAGAAGCGACAACGACGGCGACAGGCCAAUCGGUGAAUCGGGAGCAGGUGACUUCAGCGGACCUUUCGAGCCUGCGCAUGAAUAAUAACGACUACAAGAGACAUUCGUAAAAAUCGACAGAGCUAUUUAACUCGAAGGGUAUUUCUUGAUUAGACGACGUUCAUGCGAUGGCCGCGAGAACGAACGUGGGGAACGGAAAGUUUUUGUACAGUAACUACCGGUGAUACGUGGCUAGCAAAUAGUCCACAGAAUCGAAAGGAAGAUGUCGGUACCGUACUAUUAAGACUGGCAUGAACUCCUUCUCAUCAGAUCCCUUCGAAGAAGACUAGUAAAUCUGCGAUGUACAACUGGUGGAAAACUCGUUGAACGGUAUUGGUGGGCGGUGCUACUUGUUCAAAAAAAACUUGUUCUCUCGUUUUGCAAGAAAGACUUAGAAAAACAAGACACCUGGGAGCCGAAACUCGCGAAUGAAUCACGCCCAAAAUGGAUAACACCGAUGGAAGGCGUCGGUUGUUACGAUAGGGACAAUAUGUGCAAGAAAUGUAUAUAUUAACUGUAAAUAAAUUUAA